UCAUCCAUUCAUCGCAGGUCUUCCGCCACGGCGCCUUCAUCGCCAGCUUUGUACCCCUUGCAGCGGCCGUAUGCUCGCAACUUUUGCUGUCCUUUUCGCCUUCACGACUGUGGUUUUCUGGAAUAUGCCUACUAUCCCUGUUUGAUGAACGGAGCGCAUUCGCCGGGUCCAGGAUGAAAUUUCGAUUCAGUCGCAUCCUCGGCCUCGUCGCUCUGCUGUCCUUCGCUGUCCUGGCAAUAUACCGCCUUCGACAGCCUUUGACUGUGCAGAACACACCACUGGUUGUGCCGGUGAGCGGACUCAACGCAACAUUACCGGAAACACCCCUGGAUCCGUUGCAAUAUGGAGAAUCGCAUGUGCACCCGAUUAAGAGUUUGGUGCAAGAUGCCCAAGCCAGCUGGCAGAAAAAGCUAGAGUCGCAGUCCAAGACCCUCGCAGAGGCUGUGAGAGAAUAUCAACGACGUUAUGGGAUUCCACCGCCACCUCAUUUCGACAAAUGGUACGCCUUCGCCAAGUCCAAGGACGUGCAAUUGAUUGACGAGUACGACACGAUUUACCACUCGUUGUUGCCAUUCUGGGCAUUGUCGCCCGCUACCAUCAGAGCGAGGACUCGGGAAGCCCUAGGAUUUGCCGACAACAACCUCAUGGGCCUAUUGAUACGCAAUGGAGCCGUUGUACAUGCCGAGGGCGGGCAGGAUUGGUUACAAGAGGCCGCCGCAGGAAUGAUGGCGCCAUUCUUGAAUUAUCUUCCGGACUUGGACCUCGCUUUCAACACCCACGAUGAGCCGCGAGUAGUAGUACCGCACGAUGAGCUCGCUCGUUUAAUACAGCUCGCACUGGAAACGAACAUGCCCAAGAUCGCUGCACAACCUUCGCUGAAGAAUGCAUACUCGCGCCGAGCUGCAGACCUUGGCCCAGGUAAGCGGAUCGGUGAGGUGAAGACGACACGAUUCAACGUGUUCUCUCAUCAGGCGACGUGGAUACCAUCUCGCAUGUCGUGCUCACCGGACAGCCCUGCACGGGCUCUGGAGGAGUCUCUGGAACACGAUAACCUCACUGCGUAUGCCUUGGGCGACUUGGGCUUCGUCUACAACCAGACCGCCUUUUCAGAUAUCUGCAACUCUCCCUCCUUUGGAAAGUCACACGGCUUUUUCGACAGGCCCAAUGCCUUUAGCGUGGUACACGAUCUGUUCCCCAUCUUCAGCCAAAGCAAGAUGUCCAGCUUCCAGGAUAUCGUCUUUCCAAGUCCCUGGUAUUGGUUUGGCAAAGUCAAAUACGACGGAGACAAAGACAAACCUUGGACCGCCAAGGAAAAUCGUCUGUGGUGGCGCGGCAGCACUACUGGCGGCUUCAGUCGAGCCGGCGGAUGGAAGCGUCAACACCGGCAGAACUUCGUACGCCGAGUCAAUGCGCUUGGAGAGGCAAAGAUUCUCAUGAACAGCAACGCUGCCGCAACGGACGAGAAUCCGGAAUCGAAAUGGAUCACGAAGACAGUCUCACGACAGGACUUCAAAGAGAUCAUAGACGUUCAUUUUACUCAUGUCGGCCAAUGCGAUCCGGGCGACUGCGACGCACAGCGAGAGUUCUUUGAUCUUGCUCCACCCGCAGACCAACAGGAUGCGUGGAAUUACAAGUACCUCCUGGAUCUGGACGGCAACGCAUUCUCCGGCCGGUUCUACGCCUUCUUGAUGAGCCAUAGUCUGACGUUCAAGAUGGCGGUGUUCCGCGAGUGGCAUGAGGAGUGGAUCAAGCCGUGGGUGCAUUACAUCCCCCUGAGUCUACGGGCUGAUGAGGCGCUGGAGGCGGUUCGUUUCUUUGAUGCAGAAGAGGAAGGUCGGCCUUUGGCUAUCGCGGUUGCGGAGCAAGGCCGCGAGUGGGCAGGUAGGGCGUUGAGGAACGAGGACUUUGAGGUGUGGUUCUUUCGAUUGCUGCUUGAGUAUGGCCGGCUCGUGGAUGACAAUCGGUAUGAGAUCGGAUUCUCUGGUGCAUAG